CGAGGAAUUGCCGCAGUUGCUGAGGACUCUUUGGACUGAAUUGUAAAUUAUAACCAAAAACCGGAAAACCGUCAUCACCCUUGGACCGCCCAGCCUCCACCACCGGGCCGCGAUGGCCACCUGGGACGGCUCCUACCAGGGUGGGUCGCACGAAGACCCGAACUACUACUUCGCCCACCCCCAGCCAAACCAGCCCUACUACAACUACAAUCACACCCCCGCCCCCUUCCCCCAAACAAACGGUUACCAGAACCCCCCGUCGUCCGUCUACUACGAGAGCAGCCGUCAAGCUUUCGAGCGUCCGCGCAAUCCUCCGAACCCCACCCUAGCGUCUCAAUCGACCCUCCACGCCGGGGCCGACGAGUUCGUGCCCUCCGACCCCUCAAAAAUCUUCUUCGCGGACAACAGAAACCGCAACACCCGAUCAAAAAGAACGAAUCAGUACACGCGCCAGCAGGACGACUACCCCAGGACCUACAACCGAAGCGACAAAAACCGUCGAGGUCAGACCCCUGUAUUCUACUCAACCCCCGACUACGACCAGCCCUACUCGACCCCCGCGAACCCCGAAGACGAGUUGACAAACAACGCGCAAAUGCGCGAGUCCUCCAGAGGUGCCUACACCAACAGAAGACCGCGAAGCCACGGAAGAUUCGCAAAAGACCGUUACAACAAUCACCAGUUAACGCAGUUCAACCCCCAAUCGAGCGACCAACCCCCCCGAGGAGGGCCCCCGGUAGACAACGACAACCAGAAAGCCCCGAAGCCCCGCCAGAAGUACAAGGAAUACAGCGAAGACCCGAGGGACGAAACCUACCGUCGGAAUACCCCGGCCAACGAGCCGGAAGAAGCCCCUGCUCCCAGGAACGACAGACGUCGACACAAGAGCGACUACUACGAGGAGAAGCAGUCAUCGAAGAAGGACAAGCGCAAGAACUACCAGGAGUUCAACGGCUACAGGAGCUACCCCGAGAAGAAAGACGAGAAGAAGAGUGCGGAGGGCGAGGAGAAGAACUGGAGGAAGGGGCAGAUCCCCAGUGGGAAGAGGGGCGUUAAGAGGAGUGAGCUGGACGACGCCAAGAGUCAGAAGGAGAGGCUGACUGAUCAGCUCAACAGGGGACAGCUGGAGUGCUUGGUCUGCUGCGACUACAUCAGGCAGAACGACGGGAUCUGGGCUUGUAAUAACUGUUAUCAUGUCCUACACCUGAAGUGCAUCAAGAAGUGGGCGGAGUCGUCGCAGAGCGAGAGCGGGUGGCGGUGUCCGGCCUGUCAGAACAUGAACCUCGUCUUUCCUGAGGAGUACUACUGCUUCUGCGGGAAGACGAGGGAUCCAGAGUGGAACAGGAGGGAUGUGGCGCACUCGUGUGGAGAGGUCUGCGGAAGGUCGAGGGCGAAGAAUGGGUGUGUGCACAAGUGCACGUUGCUGUGUCAUCCGGGGAGCUGUCCUCUGUGCACUGCCAUGGUGACGAGGUUCUGCGGCUGCGGGAGGACGUCGCAGAGUUUGAAGUGCAGUACUGAUGUCCUGGUGACGUGCGAGGAGGUCUGCGGGAAGGAGCUGGGUUGUGGGGUGGAUAGGUGCGAGAGGAAGUGCCAUCAUGAUCCCUGCGGGGAUUGCCAGAGGACGGUGGAGCAGGUGUGCUACUGCGGGAAGGAGAGGAGGGAGGCGCGGUGUGAGAAGAAGACCAGUGGGGCGUUCUGCUGUGGGGAGAGCUGCGGGAAGAUGCUGGAGUGCGGGAAUCAUCAGUGCAAGGAGAAGUGUCAUCCGGGUCCCUGUGGCCCGUGCCCCUUGAAGCCCGAGCUCGUAGCCCACUGCUGUUGCACCCAAACCCCCCUGACCACCCCUCGGAGCUCGUGCCUCUCGCCAGUCCCAACAUGUUCAAAAACCUGUUCAAAACCCCUGCGCUGCGGUCAGCCCAGUGCCUCCCACACCUGCAUCUCCCCCUGCCACCCCGACGACUGUCCCCCCUGUCCCCUCUCCACCUGGGUGAAAUGCAGAUGCGGCAACAUGGACCGCGAGAUUCCCUGCACCGACCUCAAGACCAAAGCAGACGACGCUCGUUGCGAGAAGAAAUGCACGAAGAAGCGAUCGUGUGGAAAGCACAAGUGCAAUCAGCACUGCUGCAUAGACAUCGAGCACGUCUGCCCCUUGCCCUGCUCCAAGACCCUGAGCUGUGGUCGACACAAGUGCGAACUCACCUGCCACAAGGGGAGAUGUCAUCCCUGCUACAGGAGCAGCUUCGAGGAGCUCUUCUGCGACUGCGGAGCUGCUGUGAUCUACCCUCCAGUGCCCUGUGGCACCAGGAGGCCCACCUGCACUCGUCCCUGCUCCAGACAACAUCCCUGUGGUCACGAGGUCCUUCACAACUGCCACAGCGAGCCCAUUUGCCCACCCUGCACUGUCCUAACGCAGAAGUGGUGCUAUGGUAAACACGAAUUGCGAAAGGCUGUUCCUUGCCACUUGAACGAGAUGUCCUGUGGCAUGCCCUGUGGCAAGCCAAUAUCCUGUGGGAGGCACAAGUGCAUCACUCUAUGUCAUCCUGGAUCCUGUGAGAAGGGGAAUCAGGUGUGUGUCCAGCCCUGCACGACACCCAGGGAGAUGUGUGGCCAUCCUUGUGCUGCUAAUUGCCAUGACGGUAAGUGUCCUGACACUCCCUGCAAGGAGAAUGUCAAGGUCACUUGCACCUGUGGACACAGAAGCACUACCAGGGUCUGUGCGGAGAACUCGAAGGAGUAUCAGAGGAUUGCCAGUGGAAUUCUGGCUAGCAAAAUGGCGGAUAUGCAGCUGGGGCACUCGGUGGACCUUGAGGAGGUGUUUGGACAGGGCGCCAAGAAGCAGAAUCAGCUGAAGACUCUUCCUUGCAAUGAUGAGUGCGCGUUGAUCGAACGGAAUAGGAAGCUGGCGCUGGGACUGCAGAUUGUUAAUCCUGACUUGAGUGGGAAGCUUAUGCCUAGGUACAGCGAGCAUAUGAAAGGCUGGGCCAAGAAGGAUGCCCACUUUUGUCAGAUGGUACAUGAUAAACUCAGUGAACUUGUACAGCUGGCUAAAACCAGCAAGCAGAAGAGCAGGAGCUACUCGUUUGACAGCAUGAAUAGGGAUAAGAGGCAGUUUGUUCACGAGAGUUGCGAGCACUUUGGGUGCAAGAGUCAGGCGUAUGAUCAGGAGCCUAAGAGGAAUGUUGUGGCGACUGCUGUUAAGGAUAAGUGCUGGUUACCAAGUUAUAGUUUAUUGGAGAUGGUUCAGAGGGAGAAUGGCCAACGAAAAGUGCCAAGACCAAUGCUCAAUACUGCAAGGACCAACACUUUAACUUCUCGUACUUCGGAGGUUCUGCCGUCAACUGCCAAAAUGAGUCACAAGCUUCAGCCAACAACUUACUCAUCGAAAUCUCCGGAGCCAGAGAUUGACUACUUCGACUUUCCAAAUUCCAGACUAACAUAAAUUAUAUUUUCUCAACUGGUACAACUCCGGCCAUCAUCGGCAGAUGGUUCUUCCCCGAGAUCACUGAUUCAUUUCUCCACAUAAUUUAUUUUAUUUUGGGUUUGAUGUAAAGAUUAACGGGAGUAGUGGGAAUUGUUCUCUUAUUGCAUGAUUCUUCAAUAAUUAUUCAUCGCCUCGGGGAUUGGCGAAGAGUUCAGUGGAAGUUCAGUGAAUAAAAACAUACAGGAUAAUGAGAAUUAAAUCGAGAUAAUCUCGUUUGGUGCCUUUUCAUGUGGGAUUAUGUACUUUGAUGGGAGUGGAACUUUCAGGUGUCCAAACGAGUUCAAGUCAGUGAGUGGAGUAGGAAAAUUGAGAUGAAGGGAAAUCAUUCAGAUUUUUCUGCAAAUCUCUGGAACUAAUGGGUUUAAGGGGGAGACUGUGGAGUUUUUGAAAUUGUCGGCUAUUGGAGUGAGAUCUCUACGUUAGGGGUUGAUUACAUAUGUAUAAAGAUAAAGAAUUACUGAAAAAAAAAUUGUUUGUUUUUUCGUCCCGCAGACGCUUAAAUUGUUGAAAAUAGACCAGUGUCUUCAAUUUGUGAGCUACAGAGUUGAGCUUUUGACCUGAUUUUUUCCAAACAUUGUGUAGAUUAGCAAUUACAGAUCAGUUUUUUAAAUUUCGAUUUCUAGGCACCUAAUUUCAUUUAUGCUUAAUCAAUCAACUGGAUUUUUUGUUCAUUUCCUUAGUAAAAAAUAUAAUGUAAAUAUUUCGAGAAUAUAUUUACUGGGCAUUUUGUACGUAUAGGGGAAUUUUUUAUGUAAACAGAAUCGGCUAUUUAGAAGUCGAAUUUAAGAAAAAAAAAUUUCACAAUUGUUGUUUUACAUAUUUUUUGAAAAAUGUUAAUACACUGACUAUUUUUAACGUUUUCAGCAUCUGUGGGGCGAAGAAACGAUAAACAAUAAUGUUUUUGCUCUCAUUCUUCGUUUUGAUAAAUUAAUCGAUCUUUAAAGUAUGAAAGAUCUCAUUAUAAUAACCUUGGAAUUGUAACUCAUAGUAGUCUGUCCUUAAAAAAAAAGUCAUCAGGUAUUCAUGGAGAUAUAAACUUCCAACAAAACAUUUCUAGAAAUUUAGGAGAACCAAAUUCAAUGGUCCAGAUAUGUGGGAAAAAAUCUGACUGAAAUUCCUAUUCAUUCCACUACUUUUCACCACUUUACCAAAAAAUUAUCAUAGUGCACGAAAAGCACAUUAACCACGUCAUCCAUAGUCUCUCAAUCACCAGAGAGGCCCUAGCAAAGUUCAAUCGAAUUAUUCAAUUAUAACUAGUUAGGAGGAAAAUUCUGAAAUACAAAUAAAAGAGCAAUUGGAAAAACAAA